AUUUCAUUGCAAAGUCCCUUGGGAAAAAGGAAGCAAUUCAUGGCAUAUGCCGGGAUGGAUUGAAGCACCGAUUUAUUGAAUAUUUUCUUGCUACUUCAGAAAAACAUUUCUUCAAUUGCUGGCAUGAAGGGCUUGGUUUUUCUGUUGUUGGGUUUGGUCCUGAAAUAAUAAAAACAACAAACAGGAUGGAUAAGAGAAGCGGCCCAUAUGGGGGGAUAUAAAAAUGGGCUUGGAGAAGAGAGUGGUAGUGGGCAGUGGGGGAGGUUUUCUUAUUGUAAAAAGAAAGGAAGAAGAUGGGUCAAGCAGCGUAAGCCUUGCACUUGCAGUUUGAAGCUUCACUCGUAUUUUACUUUGAGCAGACCGCCGGGGUUUUGCAAUUUGCAUUGCUCUCUUUGGAUUUUUUACCAUUUUUGUUGCAGUAAUAAUUCAUUAAGAAGAAAAAAAAAAAAAAAGCCACCGGCGUUAAAAAAGGAAAGAGAACUGGAUUUGGAGGCUUAGCUGGCAGAGCAGAAAAAAUGGGAAUUGGAAUCCCAGGGAAGGGAGGUCAGGUGAGGUGUAAUUGCCGGCCAUGAACGAUACUUUCUAUGUUAGUCCGAUAAGACGAGGCUGCUGCUGCUCUCUUUUAUUGCAAUUGCUAUUCAUUACCUCUUUCUUACCCAAAGCCCUAACGCUCCUCCGCUUCUUCUCUUCCACCCUCAUCCUGCACCAGACUGCAGUUUGCGUAUAACCAAGAUGGACGAUACCGAAAUGUUGAAACAGCAAUUACCAAAGGCUUCCCAAGAUAACCUUGUCGAUGCUGCCGUCCAACAUCAACUGUCGCCGCUCCCCACCCAGGUUAAAAAUACCAAUGAAGCAAUUGCUGAUAAGACUUUAACCUUGCCCACUGAUGUUAAUAUGAGUCAUAAUCCAGCUUUGCCGGAUAAACCUUAUGACAAAUCUUCCAAUGAUGCUAAUACAAAUUCUUGCGAUGCUCCUCCUCCUGCUGAAUCACUAGAGAAGAAAACCAAUGGAGAUGCUUCUCCUCUUCCUUCCUUUACACCUAUAUCUGGACCCAAAAGGGUGGAGAAAUCAAAGAGUUGGUUGCUGGAUCCUGAGAUGGGGGAGUCUGAUGAAGCUGGAACACAGGAGGAGCAAGCAGCAUUCAUGAAGGAGCUGGAAAGUUUCUAUAAGGAUAGGUCGUUGGAAUUCAAGCCCCCUAAGUUUUAUGGAGAACCACUAAACUGCCUUAAGUUGUGGAGAGCUGUUAUUAAAUUGGGUGGCUAUGAAGUGGUGACUGCAUCGAAGUUGUGGCGGCAAGUGGGAGAGUCUUUCCACCCCCCGAAGACCUGCACAACUGUCUCUUGGACUUUCCGCAUUUUUUAUGAGAAGGCACUAUUAGAGUAUGAAAAGUAUAAGAGGGAGAAUGGUGAGAUUCAACUUCCUGCUUCUUCGUUCCCUCAUACAAGUGGUGAAAAGGAGUCAAGUGGCUACCUAGCCUCAGGGUCAGGCAGGGCACGCAGGGAUGCUGCAGCCCGUGCCAUGCAGGGUUGGCAUGCUCAACGUUCUGUUGGAUAUGGUGAGAUUACCGAGCCCAUUAUUAAGGAUAAGAGCUUGAGUUCUACUUCGAAGCGUGAAAAACAUCUCAAACACAUUGGUUUGCACAAGCAGAAGACACUAAGCAUGGAGCUUGCUGAGAAAUCUGCACAUGAACCAGAUAAGCAACUAAUCACAGAGAUUGUUGAUGUUGGAUCACCUGCUGAUUGGGUGAAGAUCAAUGUGCGUGAAACAAAGGAUUGCUUUGAGGUAUAUGCUCUGGUCCCUGGGCUCCUGCGUGAGGAGGUGCGAGUUCAAUCAGAUCCUGCUGGACGUUUGGUUAUAACGGGUCAACCAGAGCAAGUUGACAAUCCCUGGGGUAUCACGCCCUUUAAGAAGGUUGUGACCUUACCUGCAAGAAUUGAUCCACUUCAAACAUCUGCUGUUGUUAGCUUGCAUGGUCGACUCUUUGUACGGGUCCCUUUCCAGCAGGGAUCGGUUUGAACCUUGUGUCAUUUGGCGCAAAAUCAAUUUUAGUGUAGGCAGUUUAAUCAUUGAGGAGAAAUCUAAUUUCUGUAAACAUGGUAUUGUUGAAUUAGUUGCGUUUUUCGUUUGUUGGUCCUGUUGAACAAUUGGAAAAGCACUUUUUUUUUCUUUUUUAAUAAUAAAUAGUUCAAAAGCACUAUUGUGAAGGAAAGAGAAUGCAGUCAAACUGUUCGGGUGCCGCUGGAAGAGAAAUUGCAAAAGGAAAAGGGAAGCACGACAUCAGUUGAAUUGAAUGCUUUGGAUAACCUAUGAAGACGGUUGGAUAUCCGUUUAGGAGCUACAACUCCAGGGUCUAGAGAUGGUUUUAGGGCUUAAAGAUGCUUCCCGACAAACAAAGCUUUGGCUUCAGAAGGAAACAUCAUCAAGGAGACAGAAAGAUCCUUUGUAUGUGUUGUGUCUAUCCAAGUAGAUCUAAAUUGCCGUGUCAUCUUUGUGGGCAACUCAAUUAAAUUUUUUGUUAUUCGUAAAAUUAUCAAACUAUAAAUCCUGAUUACCAACAAACCAACCACAGGAGAAACCAAGGUGGUUGUGGUCCCUGAAUUAACAGUCAGUGCUGCAGCCCUGCAAUUGUGGCCCAAAAACAGGUGUAAAUGGACCCAAACCCUAGCCACCGGUUUGGACACGUCUCGAGAAUCAAGAUGAAAAGGGCAAUCAAAGUUUACAACCCACCCUCACUGUCAAUACCGCAAUCAGGGUGACUGAGGUUUGUUUGACUAUUUCUGUUCCCAGCCAUUCACAAUCACAGCUCUCAGAGGUGAUGAUGGGGCAGAGUGUUUGGGGAUGAUUAUUUCUUAUAAAAUAAGGUCAUGUGGAGAUACCUACCGCUUCAUUGGAAGAAAACAAUGAUGCAUGUCGACGUCGCAACCAGCAUCAUCCAUUUUGAGGGUCCAUUUCUUGACUUUGCGUGGACAGCUCCUCCAGCUUUAUCCAAAUUCCUAACUCCGUAAAUUACAAAAGAUGAUACUACUCUUCAGGAUCCAAAUAAUCCCACCACCAGUUGGUUGAUUAUUUGAAGGCCAAGACGAAGCUUUGCCGCCCCUGCAAAGUUCAGCUGAUUAUAGACAUGUGUUAAUAAUUAGGUCACAAUUUGGUAUUCAGGUCCUCAAGUUCAUAUGUUCUCCAUUUCCAUUUGUAGUCCUUCAAUUAAAAAAUUUGAAAGAUUUUUAUUCACACAGGGUGAGUAUUUAAAAUUUAAUUAAGCUCAUCUAUCAUUUAUAACAUCAGAAAGCAGUUAAGAUGGUGUACUGAAUUCGAAAUAAAAUUAUCUUUGCUUUUGGUAUUUAGACAAGAAAAAUUCCAGAAAAAAAAAAAAUAAAAAAAUGGAAGAUAGCCGAAAAUGUCAUGUUUCUUGCGUCAAGGAGGUGGCACAAACAGAUAAAGUAAACCAAAAUAUCCUUUAAUUUCUUUUAUAAAUGUCAAGUUUUAAUACUUGCUGAUGACAGAAA